GCCACUUAUGCAUCUAGCCUGUACCGUAAUUGUUGAAAGAAGAAGAACUUUAAGUAAAAUUAGAAGUCGGCUGUUCGUUGUUUUAUAGAAAGAGCUGUGAGCUUUUCCGCAUAAUGGAUUCAGUAAUAAGGAUUAUUCAAGGGGAUACUAAAUGGGACAUACGCCAUCAAAUAUGGAACUACAUCGAAGUGAAAAACCUGGCCAGUUUUCCUCGACCUGUGCAGAACAGAAUUCCCAAUUUCAAGGGUGCACUGGAGGCAUGUGCCAAAGUGCAACUCUUAGAGGUCUUUACCAAUGCUGCUGUGGUCAAGGUAGCUCCAGAUAAACCAUUAGAGGGAGUUCGACUAGCUUCUUUGCAGGCAAAAAAAACAUUGCUUGUUCCAACACCUCGUCUAAGAACUGGGCUGUUUAACAGGAUCAUUCCACCAAACAGUGCAACCAAAAAUGAACUGCUUUGUUCUAGAUCUCAGCAUAUUAAAGAGUUGAGUAUUCCAGUCGGUUUAGAAGACAAAGUUCAGGUGGAUCUUGUUGUAGUUGGAUCAGUGGCUGUAUCUGAAAAAGGCUACAGAAUUGGAAAAGGUGAAGGCUUUGCAGACAUGGAAUAUGCUAUGAUGGCAUGCAUGGGAGCUGUGUGUGAUUCCACUGUGGUUGUCACUAUUGUUCAUGAUUGCCAGGUUGUGGACAUUCCAAAGGAACUAAUUGAAAGCCAUGACCUCACAGUUGACUUUAUUCUAACUCCAACAAGAAUCAUUAAAACUGAAUGUAGACACCCAAAACCACAAGGCAUCAUUUGGUCAAAGUUACACAGAGAAAAACUGAAGAAAAUACCCAUUCUGAAGAAACUGAAAGAACUGGAGCAGCAAGUUGGGAAAUAUGCAUCUUUAAAGACCACGCUUACAAAGACGAUGAAACUAAGAAAUCCUAAGAGCUAUGUGCUUUAUUGUCAACCCAAAUCAACCCAAAGGGCUCAGAGAGAUGGAAGAGAAUAUGCUGGCAGUGGACAAAGCAAAAGAGCAAUCCUGCUGAUGAAACCAUUACAGAGCACACUCAUCUUUUUUCAUUAA